UUCAGUGAGGGUACUUUCUAAAAUAUUUUCAGGACAGUCUCGGUUGAUAUUAACGUAAGUUGUUCGAUUCCCUUCACAGUUAAGGGAGAAAAGGAUUUUGAGAAAGGAUGAAGCCGUUGGGUUGGUGGUUGAUGCUUGUUGGUUUACUUCGAUUGGCUUCAGUUUGGUUUGGGUUCUUUGAUCUAUGGGCUCUCCGACUCGCUGUCUUCUCCAACACCACAAUGACCGAAGUUCAUGGAAGGACAUUUGGAGUCUGGACCUUUCUGACAUGCACUCUUUGCUUUCUUUGUGCGCAUAACCUUGAAAACAAGCCCCUAUAUCUAGCCACUUUCCUGUCAUUCAUUUAUGCCUUCGGUCAUUUCUUGACUGAAUACCUAAUAUACCACACCAUGGUCAUUACAAAUCUGACAACUGUUGGCAUCUUUGCAGUCAGGUACCUCAAUAAUAUGGAUGUUGCUGCAGUGGAAUGCUCAUCAACCGCAGGCUCCCAAAAAAGUGGAAUGAAUCCUCAGUAGUGAUCUGAUUUUUCUGUUACAAGGGAUUUUGGUAAAAGAUGGUUAUGCUGAGUAUGUUUAGGAAAAAUGCUUCAAAAUUUUCUGAUGGUUAGCAUUAUAGGAAGUUUUUGAUUCUUGAAUGAUUGGCAUCCAUAAGAGCAAUAGCCUAUUAAAUAUGUGCUUAAUUACUUUAUUCUCUGGCCGUUUUUAUUAAUUACUCAAGUUAUGGGCUUACCAAAAAAUAACUCAAGUUAUGGUCCUGAUACUUUCCCCUUAUGUAUGUCUUCACAUCUUGUUGGAGGAUUAUGAUUUGCAUCUUUGUUUAGCAAAGUAAUUUUUAUCAA